AUGCCUCUGACCAGCCGCCGUCUCAGGGCGUGCAAUGCCGCGUCAGACGGCAUCGCCCCGAGCUCUCGGGACAGGACAGGUGGAACAGCUUCUUGGUACGGUUCUAACUUAGCGUGUGGCGUCAGUGGUGACGUGUCCGGGGUUCCAAAACAUGUCGUAUCACUAUGCAUGGGCACGGCGAUCGCUAGCCUUAGGGAAGGGACAGAUGACUCGUGGAAAAGAUUCUAUGAGCAACAAUUUGGAGUGGAGAGUGCAAAUACUGUGAUCAACAGGAUGAAACAGAAGAAAGUAGUAUCUAAGUGGAGACUGCUCUAUGAGGCAAAGCAAAAGGAAAGGGAAGAAGCUAAAAAUAGAAUGGCCAAGAAACUUGAACAGAGUUAUGCAGAGAGUCAAGCUAAGAAACAAAGUCGGAAAAUCCAAAUUUGUUCUAAAAUUCCACCCUCAAAAAAUAAGAGAGGCCACCGGCGAGGAAUUGGACCGGGUAAUAGCUUGUCCAAUGUGAAAAGUAAUCUGAUGAAGGCGGCAAAAUUGGAGUACUGUAAUAGCCAUGAAGCAAAAGUACAUGCUCUGAUGAGAAGAAAUGCUCUGCAACGAAACAGCUUGUCACAUCAAAGCAUCCCUCGUUCUGCAAAACAGAACAAUAUCCUUCAAAGGAAUCCGGAUUCAAGUUCCAGAAAUGGAAAACCAGUGGCAAGAAAACAAUUGCUUUACCUCAUCUUUUCAGGGUUUCUCAUGAGAAGGAAAACUUUGGUACCUAUUGAGUUCCUACAAUUUAUGCCACUCUGUCACCAAGGUGCCUCGUUGGCAUUAGUCUCUUAUCGUCCUCCUGUGAGUUUCGUAUCUCUAUAGAAAGAUCUGUGUUGACUAUAAAUAUUUGUUUUUAUAGCAUUAGAUUUGAGUUUUAUCUCUCGACACUGUAUCAUGUGUUGUGGCUUCAAGUCACCUCUCUAACUAGAUUACAGAUUAGGCAAUAAAUUAGAGCUUAAUGGCUAUGUGAUUACUGCCUGUCACAAAA